AUGGCCAAAGGUGCCAGCACCGGUACGUAUGCUGGCGUAGCUGCCAGCGCCUCAGCGGAAAGCAUCGCCAGCUCGGCCCUCAGCACGCCGACUGCAACACCCAGCAAACGAGCCGCGUCGCCCAUCAAGCGCGGGGCCGCGGCCAAGGUAGCCAAGACAGCCGCAGCAAGUGGGACGGGAAAGACGGCAGAGCCGAGCAAUGGCAAGCAAAACGUUGUCGUCUGCGUGAGGAUGCGGCCUCUUGCUCCGGCUUCUGCACCUCCAGCUACUGCUCCUUCGACACCGAGCAAGAACAACAAGGACAAGGCAUCGGCUGCACUGUCUGCAGCAGCAGUGAACGGUGCAGAGUGCUGGUCGCUCGACAAAGACACGCAAAGCAUCACAGCCACUGAGCAUCAUCCUGCUCUCGCAAAGCGUGGCUCGUCCUCUGCACCAUUGCCGGGAGCGAAUGACACUUCGCAACCUGGAGAAGACGACGCGAACGGGACGUACAAGUUCUCCUUCGACUCCCUCACUCUUCCAACCGAAACGGGUGAUGAGGUGUAUGAGCAGCAUAUCGCACCUAUCAUCCGUGCAGCUGCAGAAGGUUACAAUGCUACGGUCUUUGCGUACGGUCAGACUGGGAGCGGCAAGACGCAUACCAUGAGUGGAAGCAAAGCGGAAAAAGGUAUCAUCCCUCGGGCAGUGGAGGAGAUAUUCGAGGAAAUCAACAAGGACGAUUCACGCGAGUACCUCCUCCGAGUGUCUUACCUUGAGAUCUACAACGAAUCGUUGAAAGACCUUCUCGCCGCUCUGCCGAGCACCUCUGGCGCUGCAACAAGCAAGUCGAAUGCUUCCUCUGAGUCAACUCGUCCCGCAUCGCCCACCAAAGGAGGCUUUUCGCAUUCCUCUGGCAGCUCCACAGCGCUUGGCAAGGAUGGUGCGAUCCGCAUCAUCGAGGACAAAGGCCGUAUCGUCUUGACCGGUCUCCGUGAGGAGAUUGUCACGGAUCCGGCAACGGUGCUUAAGCUGAUUGAAGAUGGGCAGAGCAUGCGACACGUCGGCGCGACAGACUGGAAUGAGCGCAGCAGUCGCAGCCACUGCGUCUUUCAGAUCACCAUCGAGAGCACGCCGAAAGCGUGCGGCGGUAUGCUGGCAACAGCGAGCGGCACCGGGGAGACCAGAUUGAGUCAAUUGAACCUUAUCGACCUUGCUGGUAGCGAGCGAGCUGCGAGUCAGAAGGCCAGAAGAAAAGAAGGGGCGUUCAUCAACAAGUCCCUGCUUACACUUGGGACGGUCAUUGCCAAGCUUACCGAAGCCGUCGGUGAAGAUGGCAGCGUCAACCCCAACAGCAACAGCAGCAACAGCAACAGUAACAGCAGUACAGCCGAUCAGACGCACAUUCCGUACCGCGACUCGAAGCUGACUCGCAUCCUGCAAACUUCACUGGGCGGUAACGCGCGCGUUGCCGUCAUCUGCACACUCUCACCGGACCCCAAGCAUGCAAUCGAGACUCUGUCCACGCUCAAGUUUGGUCGAAGAUGCAAGAUGGUCGUCACUUCCGCGAAAAAGGGCAGUAUCAUGGACGAUAAGGCAUUGCUGCAAAAGUACAAAACAGAGCUCGAGGCGCUCAAAGCGCAGCUCGAGGCUGGUGGCGGCGCCGUGGCUGCACUGCCUGCUUCUGGGUCAGCUGUAUCCAUGAGCAUUGAUGAGGAGGCGGAGAUGAGCACCAUCCGAGAGCUGGCGACGCAAAAGGAGCAAGGACAGAAGGAAGUCGAUGAGAUGCUCAAGGAGAAAGAAAAGCUUCGCGGUCAGAUCGACCACCUUACGCGACUCAUUUUGACGAGUAAGAAAGUCGCGGAGGACAGCGCGUCUGAUGCCGCUGCCGGCGAUCAAGCCAUCAACAAGGGUGACCCGGGCGUCUUGAAUAACUCUCCUGGCAAGUCCGCUCGACGCGGACAACGCAUGAGCGAGCUGCCAGUGCGAUCGUCGAACCUGCCAAGCUUAGAGAGCGUGCACCGGCAGCGGGUGCCAGUGCUCGGGACCACCCCAGAAGAAGACGUCUUCCGCACGGAGCGAGAACUCGCUGCGGCCAAGCGUCAGCUGCGCCAGCUAGAAGACAAGCAGUGUACUAAUGCCCUCGAGCUCAGUCAGCACGAGGCACGCAUCCGCACAUUGGAGGCGGACAUCAAGGCGCACGAGAACGAGCUUGACGAGGCAGAACGCGCAUUCCAUCUCUUGAAGGAUGAGCGCGACGCCGCCAAGCAGGAGCUACUCGAUGGCGCACAGGAACUGUCGGCCAUGCAAGAAGCACUCGAGCAGGAGCGAGAGGCCACUCGGCGCCUGCAGGCGAUCGCAGAUGGCAAGGUGGCGAAAACGGAAGUCGAAGACGAGGCGGCCAAGCUCCGGCUGGAGAUUGGGCAACUCCGCCGGGAGGCGCAAGAGGCUGCAGAGAAGAAAGAUUUGGACACUCAGCGCCUUCAGCUCGAUUUAGACAGAGAGCGCAUGGAGAAGGAGAAGCGUGACUCGGAGGCCCAAGCGCUUUCGGCCGCUCGCGAGCGCAGUGCUGACACCCGUCUAGAACAACAGCGAGCCCAGAUUGAGCAGCUCGAGCGCGAACUGGCCGAAUUCAAACGAAAGGAACGAGAUUCAGCUCGACCUCUGCCCGUGCCCACGCUGGGACAGGUUCGCGGGAGCACGGCCAAUCCGAACAAGGUCCGCGACUCGAACUUCUGGUCCAAGACACCGCUGCCCCCUGUGGGUGGCUCCUUGCCUGGCACACCACAAGCGGGGGGCUUGCGGCGAGCGCUCUUCUCUCCGCCGACAGAAGACAAGCUGGACAUGUUCAGCCCAGCAGGCAACGCCUCGGCGCUGCAGCGCGCCGGCAGUCUGCGCGAGUACCGCAGGUACGAGCCAUCUUCCGAGUCUUCUCCGAUUCCGACGCGUCCAUCUGGUCUGAGCGCAGCUUUCGCGCCGUCCAGCGCUGUCAUCGAGGCGGCCGUCAAAGCAGAACGAGAGGAGAUCCGCCGUCUCAAUGCUGUCAUCUCCUCCCAGCGUCAACUAAUGGCAGAUCUGGAGCGCAGUGUCGCUGACUGGAAGAAUAAGCUUCGAUUGCAGCAGGACUUGAUCAAUCGCCUCGUGGCCGAGUCUUCGCACGAGGGCUUCUCCAUUCCUCAGAUGCCCAAGAGCCCCAUUCCGGAAAAGCCUCGCUCCGGGCUCGCCGAGCAAGUGCUCCAGCUCGUCAGGUUGGUUCGGGAUGCUGCCAGGCCAAGCGAAGCCCGAGCCGUUGCCCAUGCACCCGGGUAGCCCUCGGCGGACAACAAGCUCGCGCCGACAACCGCGAAAGACGCUGGAGAAAGAGAUCGACGGGCUCAAAGCCAGUCCGCGCGUCGAAGAUAUCAAGAACAAGCU